UGUUCCCCUCUCUCUCUUCGACAUCCUUUAGUGCGCGACCUCGCUUUCAUCGAAUUUUUCUCGGUCUCUUUCCCGCUCGCUCGAUCAUUACGCAAAGCAGUUGAAUCGCCUAGAGAGAGAAAGAGAUGGUUCUGUCGCAAAAGAUUCACGAAGCCUUCAAAGGAACCGUCGAGAGAAUCACCGGACCAAGGACGGUCUCCGCCUUCAAAGAGAAAGGCGUUCUCAGCGUCAGCGAGUUCAUCAUCGCCGGUGACAAUCUCGUCUCCAAAUGCCCUACCUGGUCUUGGGAGUCAGGUGAGCCAAGCAAGAGGAAACCAUACUUACCUCCUGAAAAGCAGUACCUCAUUACUAGAAAUGUCCCUUGCCUGCGGAGAGCAGCAUCUGUGGAAGAAGAGUACGAAGCUGCAGGUGGGGAAGUUCUACUUGAUAAUGAAGAUAAUGAUGGCUGGUUGGCAACCCACGGGAAGCCAAAGGAGGGUAAAAGUACCGAGGAAGAAAACUUGCCCUCCAUGGAAAAUUUGGAAAUCAGCAAGAAUAACACUGUCAAGUUGACCCCCUCAUAUUUUGGUGGGGAAGAUGAAGAAGAUAUUCCUGACAUGGCUGAUUUUGAAGAAUCUGAUAACAUUAUCGAAACUGAUCCUGCAACACUGCAGUCUACGUAUCUUGUGGCUCAGGAACCUGAGGAUGAUAACAUUUUACGCACCCGAACCUAUGAUGUCAGCAUCACGUAUGAUAAAUAUUAUCAAACUCCUCGAGUGUGGCUUACUGGUUAUGAUGAGUCGAGGAUGCUUCUACAACCAGAGCUUGUUCUUGAAGAUGUUAGCCAAGAUCAUGCGCGGAAAACCGUAACUAUUGAGGACCAUCCUCACUUGCCCGGGAAACAUGCAUCUGUACAUCCUUGUCGACAUGGAGCGGUGAUGAAAAAAAUCAUUGACGUACUAAUGUCACGUGGAGUUGAACCAGAAGUUGACAAGUAUCUUUUCUUAUUCUUGAAAUUUGUUGCAUCUGUGAUUCCAACAAUUGAAUACGACUACACCAUGGAUUUUGAUCUGGGAAGCUCCAGCCACUAAGCCUGAGGAAAUCCUGGGUUAAGACGAGGAUUUGCUUUGUUCUUGCCAUAUGUAAUUAAGUGUUGAAAUAGCAGUUUGCAUAUCCCCUUUCGUUCAGAAAUUGGUUGUCUAGUCUCUUCUGGCCCUUCUCACCCCUUAGUAAUCUGCUUUAUUGUACUUGCAGAUUUUUAUUGCGAGGUCAGGUGAUUCUGACAGUGUGCUCAAGUGUAUAUGAAUUGUGCAUAAUAUUACUUCAACAAAACCAAUGCCGACUUAAGGAUAAAGGCAACUGCCUCAACGUAUUGAAAUUUGAACUUAUUAAUUAGUUUUCUUUCCU